AUGGGCUUGGAAUAUGGAAGCGGGAGCAGCAAGCAUUCAGAAUCACAUCCAGAGGUUAUUGAUGGGAGUGGAAGCAGUGAUCAUGAGGAUACAUAUCCAAGGCUUCUAGUUCGGAUUGAAAGUAGUGAUCAUUUUCAGACAGAUUCAGAUAAAAUUGAUGGGAGUGUAAGCAGUAAAAAUUCGGAAUCACAUUCUGAGGUUAUUAAUGGAAGUGAUAGCAGUAAACGUACAGAACCAAAAACGGGAUCUACUGUUAUAGAAGGGGAUCUAUACAUUCCAACUAUAAAGUUAGGCUCUUCCUCUUUCUCUUCUUCCUCUUCUUCUUCUCCGAGUUCUUCUUCUAGCUCAUCAUUAUAUGAUCUCUUCGACGCGAUCGUAAAAGAAAGCACUGAUUUUGAAUCUUCAAACAAAUCUCAUGAGGUUACUCAAUCAGCGUCAGAAGAUCACGACAAUGGUAUUUCCGUUGACAAUUCUAACAUAUCAGAAGAAAAGGAGGAUGGCUCUCCUGAUCACACAUUAACACACCCAGUUUCUGAUGUCACUCAUGAAUCCCUGGUGCGCAACAUUUCUCCAACACAAUCCCCUCCCCUCCAAGCCAUGGAACGACCAGGUGGAUAUGAUCCUUUUAGGAUUCCAUCAUCGAUCUUUGAAAAAAAUAAAGGCACAACACCAAUGGAUUGGAGUGUUGCUUCCAAUGAAUCAUUGUUUAGCAUUCAUCCCACCCCUCCAAGUGCAAUGGUGGCCGCUGAUAAUCAGUCUUUAGUUCCUGACGUGGAAAACUACAAACAGAAGGGUGAAGCAAAUGGAAUAGCAGAUAAUACCAUCAAGGGUCCAGCAGAAUAUCAAAAUAAGGAAAAUAAACCAAAUCAAGCUGUAUCCUGGAAAUCUGCUAGCAACCAUUCAUAUGGAAGUGGAGACAGUGCCAAGUCGUUUUCUUUUCCAAUUCUGGAAAGAAAUGCCUCUGGACUUGCCGGGCGCUCUACUACUGUAAACGGCCAAGCUGCUCCUAUUCUUAUUGUAGCUGGGCGUUCUGCUACUAUUGGAACUGUGGCCGAAAAGGAUGGUGAUGUCAUAGAUAUUCUGUCCAUGAUUAAUACCAAUGGUGUACUUAUUCUGGCAAAUGGGAUGAGAAGUAGUUCCCUGAAAGGAGGUGUCAAGCAGCAGCAGCAGCAGCAGCAGCAUCUGCAGUCACCGCCUGCCCUUGUGAUAGUAGUUGUCACUGUCGAAAAAUUAAGUGGUGUUGUUAAAACUCCCCUUAUUCAUCUAAUGGAAGAGUGCUUCUCGGCUCCUAAGCCGCCUCCUGUUUAA